AAGAAAUACUUCAGAUGAAAUGUGAAAUGAUUGUUUGCAGGUGAAGCCAUGGAACAGGGAUUGCGUGACUGCUGCAGGUCAAUACGGAUUGGUAAAAUAUUAAUUAAAAGUGAUGAGGAGACUCAAGAAGCAAGAAUUUUCUAUGCCAAACUACCUCAAGAUAUUGAUCAGAGAAAAGUGUUAUUGAUGUACCCCAUACUAAGUUCUGGUAACACAGUUAUACAAGCAGUAAAUGUAUUACAUGAGCAUGGAGUCAAAGACAAAAAUAUUUUUCUUCUAAAUAUAUUCACAACACCACAAGCUAUCAGAGCAGUAGUGGAUGAACACCCAGAGCUGACAGUAUUAACAACUGAAGUGCAUCCAGUUACUCCUAAUCACUUUGGACAGAAGUAUUUUGGCACCGAUUAGUACAUAUAUUUUAUAUUUCUUAUUUAUACUGACAAAGACAUGUAUCCUAUAUAAUCUUAGAUUAUUUUAACAUUAAAAAAACUCUUUACUACCUUAUGCAUUUGUGGAGGUAUGAAGAUGCAUCCCUGAAAA